AUGGCGUGGUGUUCAAAAACUGCAAUGGAGAUGCUCUCCAAUGCGGUGCUGAGCGACAUCGUGAGUAGGAGCGGCACGAUAGUGGAGGAGGCCGAGCGGCGGCACGUCACGAACCCUGCCAUGCUCCGGCAGCUGGAGUCCCUGAGGGACGAGACGCUCCGGGGCUACUAUGUCCUCGACACCAUCAGGUGCCAAGCCACGCCCAGAGAAGCAGAUGACGGGCGCAAGGACGACGACGAGGCGGCGGCGUUGAUGAGCCGCCACUCAUUCGCACUGUCCAGGUUCAACUCGGCGAAACGCGUUCGCGUUCCCUCCGGGAAUCCAGAAGCUCCGACGACGACGAUGACGAGGGCGCUUCGCUUGAGAGAGCUGCGGCAGGCGGUUCGCAGCCUGGAAGCCAUGAUCGGUGACAUGAAGGAGUUCGUCGUGUUCCUGGCAAGCUACCCUCCCUUCCACCGACAGCCCUACAGCGCCCAUCUGUUCAUAGACAGGCACCGGAACGAGGAAGCCGUAGGGAAGAAGCUGCUGAUCGUCAUCGAGCUCUUAGAGGACGUGGACGAAGAGACAUGGAACAGGCUCCUGCAUUGUUCUUCCCAAGGAAGCAUGCCGGGGGGAAGUAGAAUGAUCGUCACCAGCCGGUCAGAGAAGAUUGCGAGGCUUGGGACAACACCUGUACUUAGGCUAAAAUGUUUGCCCAUUGAAGCCUACUGGUACUUCUUCAGGACAACCCUGUUUGGAAGUGAUGAUCCGUGGCAGUACCCAGAGCUGACAUCUCUAGCUAUGGAGAUGGCGAACCUGAUGCAAGGAUCUUUCAUGUUUGCAAACGUUGGCGCCGUCGUGCUGAGAGAGAACUUCAGCGCUCGGAGUUGGCGCAGAGCUCUUUCGAGAACAAGGGAGUACAUGGACAAGAAUGUCUCCUUGUUUGGUGAGUACCCAGAUGAUAUCAAGCCCACCAGCUGGGAUCAUCCUCGAGUUACCUGGAGCAUAGUGCAAGAGAGACCUGACAAGUAUUGUAUGCUCUAUGACAUUUACGAGAGAGGGUCGCAGGAGGAGGUUCCGGAGAUACCAUUUUCAGAUAUGCUAGCUGGAUGUGCUCAUCCACGAGGGGAGUACGAGAUCUUGUUCUGGAAAUCUCGAAUUCCACCAUACCUUAGCUAUGUUUGUAAAUGUGAGAUCCGGGAUAUGAGUGCAUCAUAA